CGUAAUCAGGGUUCAGGGAGCGAUAAGGCCAGCUAAGUUAGGUACACCAGCGUCAGUUAUCAGCAGUGUGGGGUGCGACAGCAAACAGGUGUCCCAAUCCAAUCGACACAGAUUCCAGAUCAACCUCGCAAUCUAAGCCAUCAGCAAGAGACAGCCACCCUCAGUCCCGACACCCGCUGCUGCGACCCAGUCGAACGGUCGUGUCGAGAUGCCAACAACGGCAUCAUGCGCCGUCUCAAUCUGGUCCUCCUAGCGUCGCUGCAGCUCUGCGCGGCUCAGCACCAGCAGCCCAGCUUCAGCAUCCACGACGACCUCCUAGCGCAUCCCCAGUUCGAGGUAGUCUUCGCUGACGACUUCAUCUCCGAGGCCGAUGCCAUCGCCCUCCUCGAGUCCUCCCGCACGUCGCAAUCCGUGCACCCGUCCGGCGUUCCGCCGUCCGACCUGAGCGCGGCCGCGGGCCACUCUGGCGGAAGCGCCAGCAGUAGUGACGGCCGUCGCCCCGACGAGAACGACCAAGAUGCGCCGAUUGCCGAGACAUACGAGCUCAUCAAUAGCGCGCCGUGGCGGUACCUCUGCUCGGUGCCCGUCAUUGCGCCCCCGCCGGUGCUGAACGAGACCGCCACAGAGCUGGCCAAGGCCGAGGAAGCGCGCGAGCUGAGUAGGGCAUCUGCCAGGGGCUGGGAGCUGAUGAGCGGGCUCGAGGGCCAAUGCAUGUAUUUCGUGUCCGGCUGGUGGAGCUAUAGCUUCUGCUACGGCAAGGGCGUCGUCCAGUUCCACUCCUCGUCCAACACCCAGGGCGGCCUGCCUGUCAGGGACCAGAACACCCAGGAGUAUAUCCUCGGCCGGGCGGACAAGUCGUGGGAUCCCAGCGAGCCCGCCGGCAGCCCCUCGAGAGGCGGAGGAGCAGCAGGGCAGACGAAGACGCUCCCGCCGCCUAACGGUCAGCUGCAGAUCAAAGGCGACCAGCGCUACCUCUCGCAGCGCCUCGAGGACGGCACCAUCUGCGACCUCAACAACCGCCCGCGCACCAUCGAGAUCCAGUACCAUUGCAGCCCGGGCAUCAGCACCGACCGCAUCGGGUGGAUCAAGGAGGUCACCACCUGCACCUACCUCAUGGCUGUCUACACGCCGCGACUCUGCGCCGACGUCGCCUUCCAACCGCCUAACGAGACCCGCGCCCACCCGAUCCGCUGCCGCCAGGUCAUCGGCAGCGAGGACGAGGAAUCCGCCUGGCGCUACCACAAGCGCCUUGAAGCGGGCGCUUUGUUCCGCACGCCGAAGGGCAAGGCGACCACCGGCACCAACACGCCCCCCACCACGGCGAACGGCAACAGCAACAACAACCCGCUGGACGACAAACAGUUCCCCGGCAUCACCGUCGGCGGCGUCGUCGUCGGCGGCAAGAAACUCCUCGCGGGAGAGGUGGCGCAGACGCUGCUCCCGCUGCCGCCCGGGCUCCGGCGGCAGUCGACGCCCGCGCUGGUCCUGGCCAGCAAGAAGAAGGGCGCGGCGGCCCGCGUCGAGGCGCUGAGCGACGAGGAGCUGCAGAAGCUCAACCUGAACCCGCAGACGGUCGAGGAGUUCCGCGACGAGAUGCAGAAGCGCGCCGGCGACCGCGGGUGGAAGCUGCAGGUCGAGAUGGUCCCCGGCGAGGGGUACGAGUUUGUCGGCGCGUUCGAUGAUGAAGAGGAGGUGGAGGGGGGUGAGGGUGCUGGGGCUGGGAGUGGCAAUGGAAAUGGGAAUGGCGGCAGUGGUGGAAAUGGUGCAGAAGAUGGACGGGGUGGGAAUGGGCAGUGGAAGCAGACUAUGCCGAGGGGGAGGAAGGCGGAGGGGAAGAAAGGGGGUGAGGGGACGGUGGGCAGCAAGCAGCAGCAGCGGCCGCAGGAGGCGGAGGCGGAGAGGGAGGAGCUCAACAAUGACGACGAGGAGGGCUCACAGGAGGUGUUCUUCAAAGAAGAGCUGUAGAAAAGCGUUAGAUAAGAUAUCCUUGCUUGUGUUUUAGAUCCUGUCUUCAGUCUCUACCGUCGGUGACGGGCCUGCGCUGUCCCGGGUGUGUGUGCUACCCUCAAAGAUCGCAGUGAAGGCGAAUGCCUGUGGUUCCGCCGCCGGGCCACAGCCCAUCUUCACCGCAUCAAACAUUUUCCAAGCAGUCAUACGGUGUCUCCUCGAC